CGUGGGGCGACCCCAGGGGUGUUUCAUUCGCAGCACUUUGGAAGCAAAGGGCGCUUCCUGUAAGAUCGCGUGGAGGGCGCUCCUCCGGGUGGAAAGAUACCGCGGGAGUCGAGGGACGGAGCCUGGGGGCUGCUUCCGCCGAUCUCGGAGGAGGAAAGAGGAGGGGCGGGCUGCUCCUGAAAGCUCUCGGCGGGCCCCGCCGCGCCGCUCCACAGUGGCGGGAGGGAGGAAGGGAGGGAGCGAAGGGGCGUGAUUUGGGGAGCAGUAUGGAACCCUCGGCCGACUGGCUAGCCUCCGCCGCAGCCCGGGGCCGGGAGGGCGAGGUGCGGGCCCUGCUCGAGGCCGGGGCGCUGGCCAACGCACCGAACCGUUACGGUCGGAGCCCGAUCCAGGUCAUGAUGAUGGGCAGCACCCGCGUGGCGGAGCUGCUGCUGCUCCACGGCGCAGACCCCAACUGCGAGGACCCCGCCACCCUCACCCGACCGGUACACGACGCCGCCAGGGAGGGCUUCCUGGACACUUUGGUGGUCCUGCACCGAGCCGGGGCGCGGUUAGACGUGCGAGACGCCUGGGGCCGCCUUCCCGUCGACCUGGCUGAGGAGAAGGGCCACCGUGACGUCGCCGGGUACCUGCGCGCGAACGCAGGGAGGACCGAAGGCGGUAGCCACGCUCGCUCAAACUCUGGAGAAGAUCCCGCAGACAUUUCCAACCUUCAAAAUCAUUGAAACACAGAGAUACUGCAACUAUGUGAAAAUUUGAAAAAAAGAAGCACACCACCACCACACCAAAUUCUUCCCUGGGUUGCCUUUUAGAAAACUUGGAACUGCUGGUGUUCCCCUAUGGCGCCACGGGUUAAGGAUCUGACAUUGUUAUUUCAGCGGGUGGGGGUUCAUGCUGUGGGGUGGGUUUGAAAUUCCUGGCCGGGAACUUCCACAUAUACAGCGGGCAAGGCUAAUGGGGAACAAAAAAUUGUCAUAUAGAUUUGCUUUCCCCUUCCUUCGAAUUUACAUUCAUAAAAGGGUU